CGUCUGUUGUGUCUGUGGAUGUGUGUUUUGCAAGCAAAAGUGCAAAUAUAAAUAAUUCAUUCUGAUCCUCAUUGCCGAUUGUGUAUCUUUUAUUUAAUUUUGAACAUUAAAAUGUUUUCCUAAUUUAUCAAUGUCUGGAGAAACAAUAAUUUUUAAUGGUAAAGAACUGUAUUUAUAUCAAAACUCUUCAAGUGUCUUAAUUUGAAUUUGUCAACAAUAAUAAAUUUACAUGAAAUUAAGAAAACUACAGUUUCAUGCAAUCCAUUUACAAAUAAGUGUUGAAUUCUAAAUUAUUGACGAUUUUUGGAAGGAUGACAACAGCAUCAUCAAGAGGUAGACGCGCCUCCGGCCGCCAAUACAUGCCCUGCUUCAGCCUGCCACGAAUACGAGCCAAGUCGCAAAGCAUCCUGCUGGCAAUGAUCACGAUGACGCUGCUCUUUAUUGUAUACAAGGCGACAGGUAGCGACGAUGACAAAAUUAAAACGGCCGUCGACGGCAGAUAUCCGUCUGAGCUGUUACAAACGGGUGCAAAAGUCAGAGAUAAUAGUUUAGAGAACGUCAAUGAGCUGAUGCCGCUGACGCAGAGCGCUGUUCAUAUGAGCAGGCAGCGUGCGAUUGAGUCGCAGUUGUUGGGGGGACCGGGGGGUGAUCUGGAGGGGGGUGCUAAACUAAAUAAACUGAGUGAAAUGGCCUCACAACACUUACCCGUUGUUUUCAAAGGACACUGUAUUGUCCAUUUAGACCUGAAGGGUGCGCCACCUCGGGUAUCCUACUAUGAAGAAAUAUUUCCACUAAUCAAAGAGCUGGGAGGCACUGGACUACUCAUCGAAUACGAAGACAUGUUUCCCUAUCGACACGUGCAACUGACGGCUAAGAACGCCUACUCCAAGGCCGAUAUUGCUAAAAUCAUUCAAUUGGCAGCUGACAACGAUCUGAUCGUAAUUCCGUUGAUACAAACGUUCGGACAUCUGGAGUUUGUCUUGAAGCUGAAGGAGUUCAAACAUCUGCGCGAAGUACCUAAAUAUCCUCAGGUGAUCUGUCCGUCGCGGAACGCGUCGCUAUCUCUGCUGAAAGACAUGAUCGACGACAUGCUUGAGCUGCACCCGACCUCUCAGCUGAUACACAUUGGCAGCGACGAGGUCUACUACCUGGGUGACUGCGAACAGUGCCAGCAGCGCAUCGCCUCCCUCAAGUGGGACAAGCGAGACCUGUUUCUCAAUCACAUGACCACUGUCGCCAAGUAUAUCAAAAGCAAGAAACCGAGCAUAACAGUGCUGGCGUGGGAUGACGAAUUCAGACAGAUGAGCCUGGAGGAGUUGCUCGCUUCGAACGUGGGCAAGCUGGUGGAGCCUGUUGUGUGGAAGUACACACUCGACAUUCCCGUCGACGUCUCGCUUGCAAUCUCCGAAAAGUACGCCGAGGUUUUCCCCAACAUCUGGAUCGCAUCCGCCUUCAAAGGGGCCACCGGAUCAGAUAUGAUUGUUACUGAUAUAGAUUACCACUGGCGCAACCACGUGGCGUGGAUGCAGGUGGUGUCGGCACUGGCUGGCAGUGUCAACAUCAGAGGCAUCUUCCUGACCGGCUGGCAGCGCUACGACCACUUCUCAGUGCUCUGCGAACUGCUGCCCGUCGGCUUUCCUUCGCUCGCCGUCAAUCUCGCCUACUUGUCGUCGUCAAAAAUGGCUGGUUCGUCGUGGCCGAACACGAAAGCGACACGUGUGCUGAAGUGUGACAACGCGCAUGCGCUGAAGAAGGUGGGUACGCCGGUGAACUGCGCAUUCCCGGGCGCAGGCGUUUUCGCGGCGGUGACGGCACUCUACACGCUGCAUGACAGCUACACGGCCAUGACCGCCAACUCACACUUUCGCGGCUGGUUCUCCGACUACAACAUCCGCACUGCGUUCGCCAGUCCUUCGCAUGUCAGUAUCACAAAAACAUCAUUCACAUUUUCAUCGAUAGGAUAAUAAAAUAUUGGUUGCUCCUAUACUUCAAUCAGUAUUCAUAGACGAUUUUAAGAAGAAUUUUGAGUCGAGGUUACUUUUUAU